AUGGAAGCAAAACAAGAUUUUGAGCAAUCGCAGCCCAUAGUUGACCAAGAACCUGAGGCAAAAGGGACCACUACUCGAAAGUCAUGGUCUCUUCGUCACCCGUGGGCUUCACUUGUAAUUACUGUUGGUUUAUUGGUAAUCUCCUGGUAUUCAUCUUCUUUGCUUCUAUCUAUGAUGAACAAAUGGGUAUUCUCCGAGGAUAAACUCGAUUUUCAAUUUCCAUUGUUCCUGAGUAGCAUUCAUAUGCUCAUUCAGUUUUCAUUUUCCAAAUUGACGUUGCUAGCGCUUCCACGAUACCAACCGAAAGAACAAACUAAGAUUAGCUGGAAAGAAUACUUUUGUCGAGCAGGCGUUUGUGCGCUUGUUACAAGUAUGGACAUCGGUCUCGGCAACAUGUCGUUAGAAACAAUUACUUUGUCCUUCUAUACUAUGUGCCGUUCUUCCAUUCUAGUUUUUGUAUUUAUUUUUUCGGUUCUUUUUCGCAUUGAGCAGUUUGACCGGAUCCUUUUAUUUAUCACGUUUAUCAUCACUGGCGGUGUUAUCCUCAUGGUAGCAACUGAAACAGAGUUUGUUUUUUCAGGCUUUCUUUUUGUGAUGGCUUCGUCAAUUAUGUCUGGCCUUCGAUGGGCGUUGACGCAGAAGCUUUUACUUGAUCAUCCGAUGACCUCCAAUCCUUUUACGUCUCUUAGUGCUCUCACCCCACUCAACUUUUGUGUUUUAUUUAUAGCAGGCUUAAUUUUAGAGGGACCAAAAGAGUUUGUAACUUCUGGCGUCUGGAAACAGCAGGGUCCCUUUAUGUCUAUCGUUUUGAUUGUUCCCGGCACACUUGCAUUUAUGAUGAUUGCUUCAGAAUUUGGACUCAUCAAGAAAACUAGUGUUGUUACUCUUAGUGUCUGUGGCAUACUAAAGGAAAUUAUUACCAUUGUUGUAUCCACACUUUUUUAUCAUGAUAUUAUGCUGCCCAUUAAUGUCAUUGGAUUAAUUAUUACACUGAUUGGUAUUGCAGUCUAUAAUUACUACCGAAUCGCUUUUACAAAGAGUCCUGUUCCCGAGCAGGAAAGCGAAUACAUAGCUCUCCACGAGCGUGUAUAA